GUUGCGGCGCGAUCGCGAGCGGGCGAGCGACGGGAAGGCGGUGAGCGGAACGCAUCGCGGCGCAGCGCAGCGCAACGCAACGCAACGCGACGCGACGCGACGCGACGUGUAAAACGCAACGCAGCGCAACAGGACGAAGACGGAGACGUAACGUAAAUAUAUAAUGGCGAUGCCCACGAUCCUUGAGCGCCACUGUGCGUCUCGCGCAAAUCGCGUCUAGACGGGAAAUAUUAUACUUAGACGUCGGUCGUGCGGUCGGUCGCGGUCGUCUCCACCGUCUCGUGAGUGUGCGUGCGUGCGCGCGCGCGCGCGCGCGUGGUGUGUGUGUGUGUGUGUUUUGUGUGUGCAGUAUACACAUAUCUAUGUACACUUGUGCACGUAUCUAUACGUGAUGACUCCGUUUCGGGGCUCUCGUAUGCGCUCGAUGGUCGAGCAUCGUCGCGCACAUAUCGCCGCACCUACGACGUCGGGCGGCGCCGCACCGAGAUCGGCGAGUAGCACCGCCACCCAUUAACGACGAAACGCGAUCGUCGCAUUCCCUCCCGUUGUCGUCAUCGUCAUCGUCAUCGUCGUCGUCGUCGUCGUCGUCGUUGUCGCCGCCGCCGCAACCGCGAGGAGGACAACACGGUAGCGGUCGACGGAAGCGGCCGGCGGACGCAGCGGUGGUGCCUCAGUGAUCAAUGAACUCUGGUUGACGCGUGUCGAGGCAUGCUGGCAGCGGGGCGCAUCAGCCACCAGCGGCCCGGCGGACAUGAUGACAUAAUAUAGAUAUAUCGAUUGUCCCCUUUUAAGAGAACACCGCAUUAAACCGCAUUGCAACCGUAAAUACAGAGUAAAUGACCCAAGUAUGAUGAACGAUAUAGAAAGUUUCGGCAUGAAGGGGGUCGGCAAAAUGCCCCACAGUCAUUCGACGCCAGCUGGUGUGGACGGAGGUAGUAGAACACCUCCCGCGACACCGCGAAAAGCUGGAAAGAUGCUGGCGGUUCGUGUACAGAUGUUGGAUGACUCUAUUACAAUGUUUCAAGUGCAGGCCAAAGCACUAGGUAGAGUGUUGUUCGAUCAAGUUUGUAAACAAUUACAUCUAUUAGAAGCGGAUUACUUCGGUCUCGAGUAUCAGGAACCAAAUUUUACAAAAUAUUGGUUGGAUUUGGAGAAACCUGUGUGCAGACAAGUUGGUUUGUCUCUUAUUGAUCCGUUAUUGAGGUUCUGUGUUAAAUUUUAUACGCCGGAUCCUGCACAGCUUGAGGAGGAGUUUACAAGAUAUUUAUUCUGUCUACAAAUCAAACGGGAUUUAGCUCAAGGUUUAUUGCAAUGCAAUGAUAAUACGGCAGCAUUGAUGGCCAGUUAUAUUGUCCAAGCUGAAUGCGGGGAUUAUGUGAUAGAAGACUAUCCAGAUCAUACGUAUUUAUCAACAUACAAGUUUGUGCCUCAUCAGGAUCAAGAGUUAGAACGACGCAUCAUGGAGAAUCACAAGAAGCAUGCGGGUCAAUCUCCUGCAGAAGCAGAUCUCAAUCUCUUAGAAACCGCUCGACGUUGUGAACUGUAUGGAAUGAAAAUGCAUCCAGCUAAGGAUCAUGAAAAUGUUCCACUAAAUCUCGCAGUGGCACAUAUGGGCAUUGUAGUUUUUCAAAAUUAUACUAAGAUAAAUACAUUUAGUUGGGCCAAAAUCAGAAAAAUCAGUUUCAAACGAAAACGUUUUUUAAUCAAAUUACAUCCCGAGGGUUAUGGAUAUUAUAAGGAUACGGUCGAAUUUUUCUUUGAGGGACGUAAUGAAUGUAAAAACUUUUGGAAAAAGUGUGUAGAAAAUCAUGGUUUCUUCCGUUGCUCUGUAGUUAAGAGAGUCGUAAGACAGAAAACUAGAGUGCUUAGCCGUGGAUCAUCAUUCAGGUAUAGCGGCAAAACUCAAAAACAAAUUGUCGAAUUUGUUCGAGAUAAUUACGUGAAGAGGCAGACAUUUCAAAGGUCCAAUUCGUUCCGGCAGACUAGCGGUGGUAGGGCAUUGCAGGGCUCGGAGGGGGGAGGCUAUCGUGGGGCCACUCCAAGCAGCUCCCUUAUGGGCAGCUCCAGCAUCUCUGCCCACCCCCUCCUGCCCCUCGGCGAUCCUGCACUGGCAACCCCAGCUCUGUCUCUGUCAUGCGGUUCGAUGACACUGGAUUCUCCGACGACUGCGACGAGUGUCUCGAUGGGAGGGACGAUUCACCGUCGAGAAGACACAGCUACAUCGUUUCGGACGCUCACCUCUAUCGACGUCCAUUCGCCAGCCACCCCCAGCCAGGUCCCAGCACCGCGGCCGAUGCUUUCUACCAGCCAGCAGCCACGGAUUUCAUCAACAGGUCGUAUCAGCCCCUCUAACAGCAGUCCUCCCGAAUUCCCACCACCACGACCUCUGCCCAGAUACCCCUGGCAACGGUCGGCUAGUUGUCGCGAGUUGUACGCUUCUAGUUUCGAGGACUCCGGUAAAGCGCGACCGCGGGACGACAAAGUCACCGCGGAUCUUCCGUUAGACCCAUUCCAAUUAGCCUCCCAGGGUGAAUUAGAUAAUCCCGUAACACGAUACGACGAGAGCAAUCGUUCAUAUAGCGCCGCUAGUUCGAAAUUACCUUCCCUAGAUCACGAUUCUGUCCCCGAGCGUGUCUACAGCAGUUCCUACCCGGGAACGUCGUCGUUGUCUACCGAAUCGGGCCAUGAGGAAUCGGGUCCCGCUGGAGAUCUGUCGCAUGACGAUCUCUCACACGAUUCUUACGAGCUUUUGGAACGCGAGCAUGAAUUCGAGUAUCCGGAAUCGUAUUCUAGUCCACAUGACGAGCACGAACCUAUAUCCGAUCAGAGUGACGAGGGAAUCGAACACGAGAUGUUCCAAAUGGACUCCGAAACCGAUUCCUUCGUCAAGCACAGAUCGAUAAAGUCUUCGGACAAACAACAAUAUAAAUCCGCGUUUAAUGAGCUCAAGAACUCUAAAACUAAGUCCAUCGAUCGGUACUCAGCUGUACCCAAGGCAGACAGCGAUUUCGUGAUCACUGAAUCUAGGAUACAUCGGACGGGCACUCAAAUAGAACGUAAAUUCGAAACGAGACACGCGAAUUCCGUAGAACAGCCGUCCAAAAUGGGUAUUCCGCAUCAGGACUCCGCCAGAAAAGAUCCCAUGGUAAUGCAGGUGCAGAAGCAAAAAGUUUCUGUCCUGAACGAGUUAAAGAACUUAAAGCCCAAAUAUAAGAUCACUCACGUAGAUUCGGAGGUCUUGCGAGACGAGGGUAUUAUGCGUCCGAAAUCGCGAAUUGAUGACGAUCUGAGCCCGGUUGAGGGAAGUAGAACGUUAGAUUAUAGCGGGAGAGGUAGGACGAUUAGGGCGCGCAGUAUCGCUAGCUUGGAAGAUCAUACGCCGCGAUUGUAUGUCGAGACAGGUAGUCUAGGUCGAGGGCAUAAGUCUAGGGAUAGGAAAUCGAGGGACGCUGACGUUAAGAUCGAGAAAGUCUUGUCGAAGGAGCGUAGAAGCAUUGAGAGGGAGGAGCGAAAGCGGGAUUACUCGAGAGAUUUUAGGCGAAUGGACAAGAGCGAUUCGCGAGAACGUCGUUCAGCGGAUCGGCUCGACUCGCGCGAGCGGAGAUCGGAUAGCCACGGUCGUCGCAGCAUAGACUGGAUCGAUAUACGCGAGUUACGUAGAAGCAUCGAGCGGCUUGACGCACACGAGAGGAAUUACGAUCUAGACUCGAGGGAAAAGAGUGCCUUUUAUAACAAUGAUUUCUACGAGUCGCGCGGUAAGAGCGUCGAUCGUUUAGACUCUCAAGGGCUGCGCAGCAGCAUGGAAUAUCUGAGGAGUCCCAAGGAGAGGAGCAAUCAUCGGCAUUCGGAGCGCCGGGAGAGAAGUAUCGAACGGAUAGAUUCUCGGGAAACGAGGAAGAAUAGAGCCGCUUCUAUCGAUUACGAUAGGCACACUUUUGAACGCCUCGAUUCCGGCAACAGAAGCCCAUUCGAGCGAUUGAAAGAACAACGGAGGAAGAGCAUAGAGAGACUCGAUUCUCAAGAGUUUGACUUUGAUCCGCGAGCGAUUGAACAUUUGAAAUCCAUGGAGCGCUACGAGCAAAGAGAACGAACUUACGAGAGAAAGAUGGAAUCGAGGAGCGCCGAACGAAAGAGCUUGGAAAAGCUGGACUCGCGUGAACGAAGGUACUUAGGACGUUUAGAGUCGCGGGAAGGAAGGAGUCUCGAGUGUUUGGACUUCGAUAGCAUGGAGCGUCGAAAAAAUAUCGAGAGGAUGGAUUAUAAGGACCAGAAGAAGAGCAGGAGCAAAUCCGAGAAAGCCAAGUCAGAAGAAAAGCCGCGAGAACGUGAUGAUUGGAGGAGUUUGGAGAAAGCGCGAAAAGACGAUGAAAGACGGGAACGUGAGCGGCAAGCGAAACUGUCUAUCGAAUCCCGUACGGAAACCGUUAUCGGCGUGCCGCACGAGAUGGAGAAUUUGAAGUCGAAAACCGUGUUCGCCGAAUACGAGCCGAAGGUCGUUGGCGGUAUCGUCCUAGGUUUCGAGGAGACCGCCUUGCCCGGACACGUGCCGGUGGAGCGUACGAAGAGCGAUCCGAAUCCGGCGCGGCAAAGGUUAGGAUCCAGCAACAGCAAGCGGCACAUGCUGAUGCACCAGAAAUCCAUAGACUUGACACCGGCUGACUCCGGUGACGAGGAACCGUUUUCGGACAGCGCGACGAUACAGAAGACCAACGUCGAUAUCCCGUACAUAUUGCACAAGAGGCACGUUAUGAAUGGCACGGCGUCCGACGAAAAAUCCGAAUCGGAUAGCAGUAAAACCUCGAGGAAUGUUAAAAGUCUCGCCAAGGAUUUGCCGAAGUUACCGCUGAAAAUGGUGGCGGAUCUUCCGUACUUCGAUCUGACUAAGCUUUCUUCGGUAGACAAGGCUGGCAAUAAAUUGUCUCCGGAUAAGCUGAAAAGUGGCACGGCUACCGCAAGACCGAAAUCGAUAUUAAGCCCUUCGGAUAAGCCGAGGAGUAUUCUAAGUCCAACAUCGAAACUCUCGCCCACAGAUCCAAAGAGCAUUGUUUGCAGUUUGUCGCCUAGCAAGAGGAGCCCCUCGAAAGCGAAGACUCAGUCUCCCGAAAAGUUCUCGCAAAAGGGCGGCUCGUUAGAUAGAAACAAAGCCGAAGUUAUCAUCGAGGAUUACACGUGCAAGAAAUCCUCGAGCUUAGACAAGAAACCCUCGAAAUUGUCGCCGGUAGAGCCGAAUGUCACCAUUAUCUCGGCUAUCGAAAAACGUUCGCCCAAAAAGUCGCCGACUGAUCCUAGCGUGACUAUCGUCUCUGUGAUACAGAAGAAGAAAUCUCUCGAUGGCGCGCCCAGGAGCCCCACUGCGAAAACGGCGAAAGCUGUUCUGAAUUUUGCCGACAUCGUCGGUAUGGAAAUGAAGCAAAAUCUGGAACGUAAGGCGAAAGUUGAGAAAGAUAGUCUGAAAGCACCGGACGAUAGUUUAGAGACGCAAGAUAGCAUUGAAAAGAUACCGUUACCCGAAAUUCCUGACAGCGGACAGGCUGAAGAGAAAAUGAUGGAUCAAGUCAGAACCAUCGAACAGAGAGAACGAGAUCGUUCCCCGAAACGAGCCGAUGAACUGUCUGACGAUGAUCAAAAGAGAGAAAAUGUACAGUCUGUAAUAGCUGAAGUUCACAUGCCGGCUACAAUGGAAAUCAAACCGGAGAAACCGCCGAUUCCGGAAAAACCGAAGACGUUAGAGAAGCCAAGUAUUCCUGAAAAAACGAAGCGUAUUUUGGAGAGAAUAGAAUCGAAAUUUUCGGAAGUCAGUAAAAAUUCCGCUACGAAGAUAUCGAGGCCAAAGAUCAUCGAUACAGGAUUUGACGAUUUCGUGGAUCCAGUUGCCGAUUUGCCUUUGGACGAAGUGCCUGUGAAACCUACUCUAGAGUUGGAUAGUCUUAAAGUUCCUGAGUUCGUUCCUUUCCUGUUAAGACCGCACGGAGAGCCGAUAAGAUCGAAGUCUUUGUCGCUGGCGGAAGAGAAGGCACCGAUCGAUACCUUGCUCUCGCCGGAACUCGAAAAUAAGCACUUCGUGCAGGACGUUUCACCGAAGAGAGCGAAGAAAAUGAAAUCCGAACCGAAGAAGGAUUUCAAAAAGCAAUCAAAAUCAUUAGAGGGCGACAAACCGCCGCUGAAAAAGAGCGCGUCGAAAGAGUCACGUUCACCGUCGGCGAGUACAAAAAUUGACAAAUCCAAAUUGAAGCUCGGCGAGAUGCCGCAAGAGAUCAUAAUAAUAGAUUCGACUGACGUGGCGCCAGAAAUAAGCAUUGUACAAAAGGGUAGAUCAAAAUCUGUAACUAGAUUAUCCGAUAAACCGUUUUCAUCAUCGAAGGAGGAAAAGGAAGAAGCGAAGAGUACUCGUGCGAAAUCCGCGUCUGUCGACGACGAACUUAUUAAAGGCGCGAUCAAGUCCGAAAAGUCGAGACCGAAAUCGUUGGGAAUAUCGAAGAGUCUGGGUAGUACAGAGAAGAAAGAUUCAGUAGAGAAAAUUUCGCCGAAGAGACUCAAAGCUGUCGCUAAAGCUGCUGUGGCGAAGGACGCAAAACAAGAUUCAAAAACGGCACGCGGUAAAGUAGCUUUGAAAGUAGAAGCGACCAGCGAGGAAGCUACUGCUGAAUCAAAGCAGCCUAAACAGGAGAAAGAUUCUAAAUCGUCUGUUAAAUCUGACGUUGUAAUUGAUCAGCCAGUAGAUACUAAACGUGUCGCAGCAGCCGACGAGUCCAAGGAAGUAGUUAAGGAGUCACGCAAGGAGCCGAGCAAAGAGCCAGGAAAAGAGACAAAUAAAGAGCCAGGCAAGGAAGUAACAAAGGACAGUCUAAAGAAAACGGCACUUGCUCAGGAUUUAACUCAAUCUCCCUUAGUCUUACGUAAACCGGGACAGACGCCGAUACUGUUUGCUCGCGCACGUCUUGGUCUCUCGGAGGGUAGCGGGAUUGGCGCUCUUCAGCGUCAAGGCGCAACGCAGUCGCCUACUUCUCAGCGGCGCGCGAAAUCCUUGGACGCCGCAGUGAUCUCCGUGCACAGGCUACCGCCGGCAAACGCAUUUUCCAGCAAGGAUGACACGGUGGACGUGUCGGAGAAUCUGGAGGAUCAGGAGAAUGCUGCCGAAGGCGCGAGCGCAGCAUCGAAGGUGCUCUCUGUUCAGAUGGAGGCCUCCCCGAAUCAUAAAUCUGAUAGUACCGAUCACACAACCGUGCCGGAUUCUCUAUCCGUUACCGAGACCUCGACGCAGUAUCUAGAAUCGCCGCUAACAGAAUGUAACGAGAUUGUCCCUUGUGCCGAUUCCUACGAGGGUAGCCGAAUGCCAUUUACGAGUUCCUUUAACGAGGCGCAAACGUCGAAGGUCAUAGAGAGCGCUAAAUUGGAGGAAGCGACAAAAUUCAUCGAUCAGAGUUCCGCCGAAUCCGGCGUCGAACAGGAAGCUUCUCAAGAGAGUUCCGACGCGAAGGAUAUGCCAAAAGAUCAAACUCAGAAUCAAGAUGAACCGGCAGUAUCUACAAUUUUCAUAAAGAGCGGUAGUACGGAAGUUGUCUGUAAGCAGACUGAAUCGCCCAGCGAAGUUUCAGAUGGUGAGACAAGUGCGAGAACUAGCGAAACUAAAUCUCCAUCUCCAUCUCGUCCACAUGACUUUCGUGUCAAAGUCGACACAGAUGGCUCGAGAAGUCCGUCUGAGAGAGAUGACGUGCCUGACGUGACUAUAAGCGCGGCUCGAGAGGAUAAUGUAUUCUUUUUUAAUUACGAUCAGGACGAUCCUCCAGAUAUGGUCAAGUCACCGAUACAAAUAUCAAUUGAAGAAUGUUCUGACGACGAUAUGAAUCCGGAGGAAGAGGAGGACGAAAUAGUGGAAGUGCAGGUAGAGAUCGACGAGCGGGAAGAAGACGAAAACAAGCGGCUAGACUCACUUGAUACGAGCGAGGAUACGCUCGAUGCGCUCGAUAUGCAAAUACGGACUCCGCGAGGUCCGGACAGCGAAUUAAGUUCGCCGGAUUACGGUGUGGACAAGAUGGACGAAAAGACGUUGGUCGAGGUUGAAUUGACGCCGGAAUAUCUGGAGAUGAAAAAAGAAGAUGAAGAAACGCCGGAAGAAUUACCGGAAGAUGAACCGAUGAAGGAAACAGAGAUCGCGGAUUCCAAUCGUCUUUCUAUUGACAGGAAACUUAGACUGAGCAGUGAACGCUCGAGAAGCGAAGAGACCAACACUUGGACACCGGACAGGGAAGAUCCAGACUCCAGUUCAUGUUCUAUCGCUCGGCCACUAGGUAUCGGCCAGAUACAACCUAUAAUAGAUCGUCGGGAAAUCGCUAUGAUCGAAGGUGCCCGAGACAGCGGUUCCUUAGAUGAUGACAGCAACGGCUCGCAUCCCCCUCCAAAGCAAGAAAUCAGCGUCACGUGGAAGUCAUUUCCGCAGGGAAGCUCCGGUAGCUCCAGUCUCGAGGACGGCUGGGUGGCUCAGGACGAGGGCACCGCGCAGCAAUCGCAAUCUGAGGACAGCAACGGUCAGAACGAAGACAGUUAUCAAGAGGACCUAGCGGACUUUCCGGGCACCUUUAUCAUUGGUCCCGAAAUAUUAGCUAAUUACGGCGCAUUUUCACUUUCACGUACGUUGUCGAGAAUAUCCGAACGAUCGACCACGUCGGAGCAAGAUAGAAGCGACUUCGAGGAUUCCUUUAAGCCAAGCUCGAGGUCGCCGAGCCUCGACGAUGAAUCUUUGAUGUCAAGCGAUCAUCAGCCGUCUCUAUCAUCGGACCCUCCGUCCGGUACGGCGUUACCAUCUGUUUCUGAUGAUCGCAGAACGUCUUCCGAACUACCGGACAUUCCCAUCGAUGUGGUUGGCGCUCAUGAGGAUGACUCGAAAUCGCCGCGAACGAACAGGCGAUCACGAUUGCAGUUGCAAAGUUCCGAGGACUGGCCAUCGCCGCCCAGUUCACCUGUUUUUGAAACACCAGUAGUGAGCCAUGUGGAAACAUUCUACAUGGAAAUCAAACCGGAGGAAGCAGUCAAGGUGACCGUUACGGACAGUACGGAGACGCCCGUUAAUCCAGAACAAGACAGCGACUCCAGUGACGAGAACAGGACGCUGCACGACGAUCUGCACUCGACUCUCUUGGAGGACGGGCAAAGUCCUUCAACGUCCGCGACGGCCGACGGUACAGUCAAGAUCGCGGUAAAACCGAAGUCGAAUUCCUACAUAACCGGCUCGUCGCACAGCGAGGACACGUCGAUGGGUCUGUCCAUGUCCGAAUGGUCCAGCUCGAACAACACCGUGCGCCAGUAUUGCCAGUACUCGGGUACAAAGUCUGAUGACAAUUCGCUGGCGGAACUCGGCGCCUCGAUUUCGGACUGGUCAGGUAGCACGACGGUGAUACCGCAGCAGUAUUACGCCACGGCCGCGGACAAGAGUCAGAGCGACACCACGACGUCCGAGAGGAGCGCGACCAGCAUGAGACCAAACUCGAAGUGCCAGUCCGCAGACACUUCCUCCCUCCCGUCUCCGCCAUCCCCGUCUUCAUUGCCGCUGCCCGUGUCACCACCACUGCCUUCUCCACCCGCGACGGCUGCUUCCGCAUUUUUCGAGGACGAAGCCGUCGGUUCCGCGAUCGAACAGCACAAGACUUUACUGGCCGAGACAACCGCCGAGGAUGACGACGAUCCACGUCAAUCUCGAGCGCACGAUGACGAGUUCGACGAGGCGCGGCGAUUUAUCGAGAGCCAAUUCGACGAGCACCAUCGUCUACGUCGAUACGACGACGAACAGCAAGGCGUUUAUCCCCAGGAAUUCGCCGACAUCUCGCCACCUCGUAUCACGCUUCGAAACGAGUACGACGAGGCCAUUGACGAUGACUUUCAAAUGGGCCCGGACGAGGAUACGCUCUGUGUUGACGAUACAGCGCUACCGAUCCCCGAGGAGGACGAGGAGGAUCAGUUGUACGACAAUGUACCCGCAAUGAAAUAUUCCAGUAGCGACAAAGUGCGGAUGGAGGUCGGCCGCGGGGACAGUUCGGAAGAUAUGCAUGAGAGGUACGCUGAGCUCACCCUACAACCGGGAACGGCAGACGACGAUUGGUCGUCCGAGGAACGAAGAGACGUUCCGGAGCGAGAGAAACCAUCGGCGAGAUCAGGCAAAUUCGAUCGCGGCUUCUCGGAGCCGACCCGAGCUCAGGGCACGCGUUCCACCGAACGGCCCGUGAUGGUGCCGAUCCGUGCAAAGUCGACCCCGUAUUACUCCACGACGAGUCUGAGCGGCGAGUCGACUACGUCCAGUCCGCCUAUGCCGGUUAGGACGCAGAUCAGAACGAAGACGAUGCCUUACUCGUCGAGCCGCAGCCCGCAGAGCGAGGGUGACACCUCCUCGAGCAUGGACAGUCCGGCGCACACGCCCGAUCGGGGUCAGCGGGCCUUCCGCCGGAAGCGACAGCAGAACGCCAAGAGGCGACACCGCGUGGUGGUCGAUCUUGAGGUCAAGGACGGCCACAUAGUAUCCAGCACCGACUCCAGUUUCGACGUGGCGACCAUACCGCCACCGCUGCUGCCAGAGGGUCAGAGUCUAGACGUGGACGACGACGAGAAUGACGAAAUGUCCGAGACGAAGGACGAGCUUCAUCGGCAGCAGCAGCGUUGACGCAGCGUCGACGAUCGACGCUAAACAGAAAUGCCCGUGGAAGAGAGAAAAUUGAGCGCGAUCGGUCAACACUCACUCACGGGCUCAAACUAGCAGGAUUUGUAGACAAGUUCCCAGUCGUAUAUGGAAUUGAACGCACUUUAGAAUUGACAGACUCUCCGUGGCCGUACGUUGGCACUCUCGAUUUAUGUCUGUCGCGCGAACGAAGAUCAAAUGGGAACGGAUCUCGACGACUCGGCCUGACCUUCUUGCGAUCUUGAUUCAACGAUGACGAUUUGCCCGGCGGUGUUUCGCGCUGAGCGGCAAUCGAGAAUCGAGAGUUAUACGGGUAUGAACGACGACAAGGGCAUCAACGACGACGACGAUGACGAAAGCAGGACAGACGUAAGACGAGGGCGAAGACGACGUCGUCCGUCGUUUCCGGGCUAGAAAGCUCAAAGGCUGAAUGAUCAAAAAUUGCGCGAGAAAUGUAGCAUUAUCGUUAGGGAUACAGAUACGGUUUGUUACGCGUUUUAGAGAUUCGGUUUACUUUGAUAUCACCGUCACGAUAGAGUCCCUUUGGUCCCCAGUAGAGGAUGAGUAUAUUUUAGCAAGUAAUAUUCAUGCAAAACACACACACACACACACACACACACACACACAUACACACACACACACACACGUACAUGGGAAGCGAAGAGUAUUUCAACUAUCGCGAUCAGCGUGCCCGCGCGCGACUCGUUAGUGAAUGAUAAACGUUACGCGCGACACGUUAUAUCCUAAUUAUGAUAAUGUUAUAAAUCAUAGAAAUCGAAAGAGCGAUGUAGGAUUUUCAAAGGUAAUCGUAAUUUUAAAACGAGCCACAGUUGUUGUGGCGAAUUUAUUUUUAAUCCUUUUAAUCGACUCGAGUCCUCGUUUCGUUCCUUGCACGAGACACACCCAACAUUGCUAGGGAAAAUCGUGCGAAUACUUGAAUGAAUAAACGUAAACGUACUUACUUUGUUUUUUCUCCUAAAAAGAAAAAGAAAUCGUAGCUUUGUUAUACAUAAUUACACCCGGCGCUCCUACGGCACGUGAUCGUGCGCAGCCGUUGUUGCGUCACGCUGUAACAACGUCAAGGGAUUAAAUCAGCGCUAACUCACGGCGUCGCGAAUGCACGCCGUUUUAUUCGGUCGCGCGACCUUGAAAAUUCAUCCAGGACAAUCAAUCGCGAGCGGCGGUCGCUCGAGGUGGGAUUCCAUCGAGGGAGAACGAAACGCGGAAUUACGUAAGGUGGUCGUCCGAGGGGGGGGGGGAGGCGAUUGUUUCCAGUUCGAAUUGUAUUCCGAACAGCAACGACAACGUGAUCUCCUAUGAUUACGCCGCGAUUUUGCUUCGCGCACGCGAAUUAGAAGAAAAAAAAAAGAAGGAGUGAGGAAAAGUUGCUCAACCUAGAUACGUAAAUGUGGUGCGCCGCGUCUCCCCCGCGCUUUUUAAUGGCGCCGCGGCCGGCAGGUGCACCCACCGGUAUAUCCUGCGCGUACGGAAUUUAUCCUCGACGAGCGAGAGGAGCACCUGUUACUCGUUAAUAGACGUUGGCAAUGGACCAACCGAGUGGUAGCUGCUAAGCUCUGUUUUUUUUUUUUUUUUUUUUAGGUGGGAACUUAAGCCUCUUAAUCAUUAAUAAUCCGUGAGACUUAUUCGCCUAGCGACAGAUAUAUCCGCAAGAUAAGGCCGGGAGAUCUAUGCUCUGUGUUAAAAUUGUUACUGGGCUGUUAUUUAUUAUUUAUCGCUGAGAGAAACGCGUCUCGGCUGUUUUCUCGGAGACGCUUGAUUUUUUUUUCGUUUCCUUCGUUCAAUAAAAUUUCUAAUUGAGACUGAUACGUUUUGUAACACGUGCAUAUCUUUUACCGCUCACAAUUGUUCGUUUCCUUAGAUCGGUGGUUUUGAGAGAAAGAGAAAACGAGAAAAAGAGUUCGGCUUUAUAGUGAAUUACGGAAGAACGGGAGAUGUCUCCCGAUGAGAAAGAAACGUACACUUUGACCGAAUAAAAAAACAAACUUCAGGAAGGAGUCCGACUUGAGCGAAAAGCAAUAGAAAGUCCCAUUUGGAUUUUUCAUUGGCUUGUAUUAUUGUGCCUAGUUUUUAUACCACCUGUCGUCGUGUGCAUAAUUUAACUACGGUAGCGAGGCGUGAACGAAUUCGGCGCGAAUUGCGACGCGUUUACGCGCGCUGCACGUGCGCGUAUCUCUUUAACGCGUUUCUUAGAUAGGUAAAAUAUGUGUGAGCGAUAUAGAUGCACUUGAUUACGCGAAAGAGAGGAAACGCGAGUAACAUCAGUAUUAUGAGCGCAUAUACUAUGUGUUUUCGGGAUAAUGAUCACAAUUGCGAAUGUAAAAUUGAACGCGACAUCGUCAGCAGCGUGAAAUAAAGUUUGUUUUCUUAGGUGGAAUGUAAGAAAUUGCUCGAAUUGCUGCCGUUUUAAUUUUACGUAGAAUUGUCGACACACUUGUUUGCUGUUUAGUACUUUUAUACUUUUUAUAUUUUAAUUCGAUUUCAAUCAAAUACAUAAUUUCUUUUUACAGGCGUGUAUUUAAUAAACGAUAUAUCGAGCUAUGAAUUUUUUAAUUGUUAGGUGCAACACUUACAGAGUUGUUACGUCUUAAAGAUGAAAAUAAGAAAAAAAUAGAUCAAUACGGAAUAGCAGGGUUGACUUAAUUAAUACGGAAUUGAGCUUUUUAAUUACUCAUCCUGUUGCAGAGCGCAGCUAUUUAACUAAAUACACCUACCAAAACAUUGUACUUUAAUUUCGAAGGCUUGUUAAAGUAUAUCUAAAAAAAAAAA